AUGAGCGCAUCACUAGUGUUCGCCGCACAAACUUGCAAUGCGAAUAAAAAAUGCCCGUCGGAGAGCCCAUGCUGCUCUGCCGAAGGCAAGUGCGGAGGUGGUGCACUGCAGUGCACCGCAGGUUGCAAUCCUCUCUACAGCUACAAAGCCAACGCUUGCGUGCAGAACCCCGUGUGCACGCCGAUAAAUCUGCGAUUUGAGCCUUCGGACUAUAACAAUACCGAUCUGUUUGUGCCUGUCCAGCAGUACACGGGCUUGAAGAGCCAAGGACCGUUGCUCUUCGAGUCGGGGUUCUUAGGCGCUGGCAGCCAUGGCGUGCUUUUGGAGCUGAAUGAAGGUCACGGCUCGCGUAUCUCUACCUCGCAGUACCACAUGUACGGGAACACAUUUGCCAAUAUGAGCCACAAGGCGUACCCUGGCCUUAUCACCACCUUUGGAUUUCUCUCAGACGUGGGCGACGCUGCCAUCUUUCAGCUCUCGGGUGGCGAUGGCUCGCAAAUAAGUACCAACUACUAUACGAUGAACAAUAUCAAAAAUUCCACAGGCACGGCCGCCAAGGUGCCGCGUGGAUUCGACGUGUCCAAGCCGCACAUUUACGUGGUCAACUGGCAGGAGACCUCCAUACGGUGGCUCAUCGACGGUGAGCUGGUGAACAGUGUCGACCGGAAUACUGCGGGAGACGAUUUCCCUCGUACGCCUGCGCGCGUCGUCAUGACGGCGUACGGCGUCGAUGCACAGGCGCCGCAAUCGGUACGCAAAUGGAGCGGUGGCAUGCUCUCCUACACAACCAAGCCGUACACCGACCGGGGAUACUAUGCACAAGAGCUCACGCAGCUCUAUAUCCAGUGCCACGAUCUCGAUUCGUUGAACUUACCCAUAUCCGGCCCGGGUAGCUCCCCUGUCGCCUUUUUCUACACGGGCCAGAACGAUACGUCGACCAAGGCGCCCCAGUUCCAGCUUUCCCGCGAUAGCAUUCGCCCCCUCCCAGAGCCGACCAAGGACAGCGAGGACGAUUUGCCUGGCUCGCCGAAUAUGCGGCCUCGCACCUCCUUCGCCAAUAUGUACACGGGCGGCAUGAAGGGCGUCACCAACAAGAAUGGCACGGCAGCGAACGACGAUGAAUCACUCCCGACAAGUACCAAGGUCAAGAUCGGGAUACCGGUAGGCAUUGGCGGCGCCGUCGUGCUUUGCGUCCUUGUGCUUUUCCUCUUCUACCUUCUCCGCCGGCACAAGAAGCAAAAGUAUGUGCAGGAGGAUUUCGACACGAGCAUGCACCAGCCCGCGCACGCGCCGCCAAUGGGCAUCUACCUGCCCAAAUCAGAGUCCCAGAUGCACGAUCCUCACGCAAAUCACCCGUAUCCCCCGGGCUUCCCGAUGGGCGAUAUAAGCACCGAUUCCGCCUUGGUAGCAGCGGACCACGACGACAAGAUCGAUCCAAACUCGACGUAUGAUUUCGCGCUGGCAGAGUAUACGGAAACGCCGCAGGACGACGACGAGCUCAGCGUCGAAACGCAAUCCACAGCGCUCAGCUAUACCCGCUCGCGUGGGCAUUAUGCUGGGCAAGGAGUUACUCACAAGUACGAUCGGAACUUGACGCGCGAAGAAAACCAAGAGGCGGCCGCGCAAUCUGCAUGGGAAGAGCUGCGGUACGCGGCGUUGGGUCCCUCGAAUGAAGGAUCGUUUGGGCAUGCGCACAGCUCCUCGCUCCCCUAUGAAUCUCUCGCGCGCCCUCGCACUAUCUACUCGCGCCAAGGCGCUUUUGCGCCCGGCUCCAAUUCGCGCGCUGAGCGCGAGGAUACGCCGCUGAAUUGGCAAAAAUUUUGA